AGAGCGACGUUGCCCGUUCUUUCCUGUCGAUACGCCAGUGCAGGCGUGUAGUGUUUUUAAAGUUGAUCCACGCAAAUCAAUAAACAUCCAAAAUGGUCAACUUCACCGUCGACGAAAUCCGUGGCCUGAUGGACAAGAAGCGUAAUAUACGCAACAUGUCUGUCAUCGCUCACGUCGAUCAUGGCAAAUCCACUUUGACCGAUUCCCUUGUGUCCAAGGCUGGUAUCAUUGCCGGUGCCAAGGCUGGUGAGACCCGUUUCACCGAUACCCGCAAGGAUGAGCAGGAGCGUUGUAUUACCAUUAAGUCAACUGCCAUUUCCAUGUACUUCGAGGUUGAGGAUAAGGAUUUGGUGUUCAUCACGCAAGCCGAUCAGCGUGAAAAGGAAUGCAAGGGUUUCUUGAUCAAUCUGAUCGAUUCACCCGGUCACGUUGAUUUUUCAUCUGAGGUGACAGCCGCUCUCCGUGUUACCGAUGGUGCCCUCGUUGUUGUGGACUGUGUUUCCGGUGUGUGCGUGCAAACGGAAACCGUGCUCCGUCAAGCUAUUGCCGAGCGUAUUAAGCCCAUUCUGUUCAUGAACAAGAUGGAUCGCGCUCUGUUGGAGCUGCAAUUGGAUGCCGAAGAGCUGUACCAGACUUUCCAGCGCAUCGUCGAGAACGUGAACGUCAUCAUUGCCACCUACAACGACGAUGGCGGUCCAAUGGGUGAGGUCCGUGUGGACCCCAGCAAGGGUUCAGUCGGUUUCGGUUCCGGUCUCCACGGCUGGGCCUUCACCCUCAAGCAGUUCUCUGAGAUGUACUCCGAGAAGUUCAAGAUUGAUGUUGUCAAGCUAAUGAACCGUCUGUGGGGUGAGAACUUCUUCAAUGCCAAGACCAAGAAAUGGCAGAAGCAAAAGGAGGUGGACAACAAGCGCUCUUUCUGCAUGUACAUUCUCGACCCCAUCUACAAGGUGUUCGAUGCCAUCAUGAACUACAAGAAGGAGGAGAUCAGCACGCUGCUGGAGAAGAUCGGUGUUACACUCAAGCACGAGGAUAAGGACAAGGAUGGCAAGGCUCUGUUGAAGACCGUGAUGCGCACCUGGCUGCCAGCCGGUGAGGCCCUGCUUCAGAUGAUUGCCAUCCACUUGCCAUCGCCCGUGGUUGCCCAGAAGUACCGUAUGGAGAUGCUGUACGAGGGUCCUCAUGAUGAUGAGGCUGCCAUCGCUGUCAAGAACUGCGAUCCCGACGGUCCAUUGAUGAUGUACAUCUCCAAGAUGGUACCGACCUCCGAUAAGGGACGUUUCUAUGCCUUUGGCCGUGUGUUCUCCGGCAAGGUGGCCACAGGCCAGAAGUGCCGCAUCAUGGGCCCCAACUACACGCCCGGCAAGAAGGAGGAUCUGUACGAGAAGGCCAUUCAGCGUACCAUUCUGAUGAUGGGUCGUUAUGUGGAGGCUAUUGAGGAUGUGCCAUCGGGCAACAUUUGCGGUCUGGUCGGUGUAGAUCAGUUCCUGGUUAAGACCGGUACCAUCACUACCUUCAAGGAUGCCCACAACAUGAAGGUAAUGAAGUUCUCCGUGUCGCCUGUGGUGCGCGUUGCCGUGGAGCCCAAGAACCCAGCCGAUUUGCCCAAACUGGUGGAGGGUCUGAAGCGUUUGGCCAAGUCUGAUCCUAUGGUGCAGUGCAUCAUUGAAGAAUCUGGCGAGCACAUCAUUGCCGGUGCCGGUGAAUUGCAUUUGGAGAUUUGCCUUAAGGAUUUGGAGGAGGAUCACGCUUGCAUCCCACUGAAGAAAUCCGAUCCCGUGGUGUCUUAUCGCGAGACCGUUUCCGAGGAAUCCACCCAGAUGUGCUUGUCCAAGUCGCCCAACAAGCACAACCGUCUGCUCAUGAAGGCUCUGCCUAUGCCCGAUGGUCUGCCCGAAGAUAUUGAUAGCGGUGAAGUUAGCUCCAAGGAUGAUUUCAAGGUGCGCGCCCGUUAUCUGGCCGAGAAGUACGACUAUGAUGUGACUGAAGCCCGUAAGAUCUGGUGCUUUGGCCCCGAUGGUACCGGCCCCAACUUCAUUCUCGACUGCACCAAAUCCGUGCAAUACCUUAAUGAAAUCAAGGAUUCCGUUGUCGCUGGCUUCCAGUGGGCCUCCAAGGAGGGUAUCAUGGCCGAUGAGAAUCUGCGUGGUGUGCGCUUCAACAUCUAUGACGUCACCCUACACGCUGACGCUAUCCAUCGCGGCGGUGGCCAAAUCAUUCCCACCACCCGUCGUUGCCUGUACGCCGCUGCCAUCACAGCCGGUCCUCGUCUGAUGGAGCCCGUCUAUCUGUGCGAGAUUCAGUGCCCUGAGGUUGCUGUUGGUGGCAUCUACGGUGUGCUGAACAGGCGUCGUGGCCAUGUGUUCGAGGAGAACCAGGUCGUAGGCACCCCCAUGUUCGUUGUCAAGGCUUAUCUGCCUGUCAACGAGUCGUUCGGCUUCACCGCCGAUCUGCGCUCCAACACUGGCGGCCAGGCCUUCCCACAGUGCGUGUUCGACCAUUGGCAGGUGCUGCCCGGUGAUCCGUGCGAGCCAUCCAGCAAGCCCUACCAGAUUGUCCAGGAUACCCGUAAGCGUAAGGGUCUCAAGGAGGGUCUGCCCGAUCUGUCGCAAUAUUUGGACAAAUUGUAAGCGACUCCAACUUGGGGGACAGAGGGCUGCAGCUGCCUAACCUAUGAAGCAGGUGGAACGAUCAAAGAUGCAGAAACAACAGCAAAAACAACAUCAACAGCUGUGGCCGCUGGCAGCGUUUAAAAAACACACACAACAUUUAAAGAAAUUUUGAUGAUUAUUAAUUGU